AUGUCGCGCAGCUCCAGAUCUCAGCAGCUGAUACCCUCAGGCCUUGCGCUCGCUACUAUGCCAUCGACUCAACCCGCCUCACGCUUUGAUCCCGUUGCUAGUAUUGAGAGUAUCGAUCUCUAUGAUACGCGAAACAUCGAAGUCUUGAUCCGCAACCCCUCCGCUCUCCUGGGAAUGUAUGAUCCAGCAUUCUGGCCUAAGGAGAAGAGUACCCUCGAGUUCAAGAUACGAUAUGUACCACUGGGUAUGAGAAACGGAGUCAUCGAAGAGCAUCAUCGCAUUUGUGACGAGGAUGAGAGAUGCCGACUUGGAAAAUACGGAAUGAGUGUGCACUUUCCGAACCUCCAGCCCGAUUACAUCAUUGAUGGAACACCCUACUUCAUGUUCAACGGCGAUGUUCCUCUCAGAUGGCUCCAUGAGGGCGAUGGAGAAUCAUCUUCGGCAUCCAGCCGAAUCAUAUCCUCUACCUUCUCCGAUGACCGAAUCACACGCCCAACUCGUAAUACCUCAUACUCUUCGAUCAACACGACUACUGAACCAUCAGACAAAACGAAGCUCUACCAACAUGAGGCAUUCGCACCUUCUUUUGCCCUUAUGGACCAACCACGACCGAUAAGUCAAGAUAUGAGAAGGCGUGCCCUAGAUGCUGGAAUCGACCCAGAUCUCACACACUACCGGGGUGAUAUCGACCAAAGCCACCUGGAGAACGCGCUCUGCCCAGAGGCCUACAACUGCAGCGUCUUCAUCUCUAACAUACACCCGAAAACAUCAAAGAAGGAAGUAUUUUCGGCCGUCUCUGAGGGCCCCAUCUGCAACAGCGUGUGGAAGGCUCCUUUCGACGAUGGUUCCCGCUCAUGCUGGACCGCUGCCGUCUCUCUAACCUUCAAGGAGCCCCAGGCUGCCAAGAACUUUCUACUGAGAUGUAGAACGUCCGGGGUCUGGAUCCGUGGUCUGAGACUUGCCGUAAGCGAGAGCAGAGAUAAAGCACGCCCCGUUCAGCCAAGCAAGUUCUUCCAGACCCGUCGCUUCGAGAUUACCGGCCCAGCUACGAUGGAUGGUCAGAUGAUUAUCGAUUACUUGCAUACCAAGAUGAAGUUCACGCUUGUCGACGCCCUUGAAUAUAUAGAGCCCAGCGGCGGGGAGAAGACCGUUCAGCUUGAGUUUGACUCGAUCAAGGGUGGCUCGCGCAUGGCCAUCCGCUGCUUCUGGAUCAAGGUCGGAGAAAUGAACGAAAAGCAUCUGUUCCAGGUCAAGUACGUCGAUGACCAAUACUACGCAUGA